CGCAGACGCAUACAGUUUUGGGAACAACCUCUUCCGGGUGGACCGUUUUGUCGAUGAGAAAUUGUAUUUGCACCGUAUAAAAUUCACAAAGUUUAAGCCAAAUAAUGAAAGAAGUCUGGAUCAACCGAGUGAAGCACUGCCCCGAUAUCCCUGGAUUUUGUGAUGAAGAUGAAGUUUUUGUUGACGAGAUUGGUGAUGGAAAUUUGAAUGAUGUUGCCCGCCUCUUCACAAAAAAUGUCAAGGGGGAGAAAAAGAGCAGCAUCAUUGUCAAACAUUCCUUGCCAUAUGUCAAAUGCCUUGGUCCUGACUUCCCUUGCACAGAGGAGCGGACCAGGAUCGAGUUCUGUACCCUUGAGAAGUUCCACUCGCUCUCUCCAGGCUCUGUGCCCCGUCCAUACAUUUAUGACCAAACACUCCAUUCCUUGUUUAUGGAAGACCUCUACGGGUACCGUGUAAUGAGGGAAGAGCUGAUUGCUGGUUGUUGUCCAGCCAACAUCGUAGAAAGUGUUGCCCAGCAUUUGGCUCAGGUCCAUACACAAACACAUGUAGCGAACAUCGGGCCAGACAACAUGGCGCUGCUUGUCAAACAGUUUGAAAAUAGGGAGAUGGUACAGUUGACAGAGAACUAUGUGUUUACAUUCCCGUUUAAACCUGACGGCCUUCACAAUAGCUGCUCGGAUCAGGUGGCAGCUAAAUUACACACAAUAUACGAGGACCAACAGGUGCUAGACACAGCUGCACGCAUGCUCAAGCUGUUUCUUGAGAAGAAAGAAUGUCUGUUGCAUGGUGACCUUCACACCGGCUCAAUCCUUGUGAACGAUACAGACUCGCGCAUGUUUGAUGUGGAAUUCGUUCAUGUGGGGCCAGCGGCCUUUGAUGUGGGAAUGCUGCUUGCCAAUUUUAUAUUUGUAUACUAUCGACAUAUGUCUAUCGAGGAAAAUAAUGAUGAGCACAGAGCUUUCGCCUACCAGAUGGUUGAUGUCUGCAAACUGCUAGUGAGUACAUACAUGAGUCACAUGACGGCUUGUGUUGAGAACCGUGAGGAAUAUGAAGCCAACCUUGUGUCAGAGAUGGCUGGCUUUGCAGGCUGCGAGAUUGUCCGAAGGUUGGUAGGAGCAGCUCACAACGCUGACCUGGAGGGGAUGCCAGGGGCAGAAUCUGACUGUUUCAGUGCAGGGGUGCGGCUUCUCCAGGCUGCCCACAGGAUACACGACGCUGAUAGGCUUAUGGUUAUAGCCCUUAUGCUGGCGUAGGGACAAAUCUUUGUGAUAUUAAAGCUGUUUCAUAUGUGCUUUCAAUGAUGAAACUAUUCCUUUAGGGAUGUGAUUCAUGAAAAUGUUCUUCAAAGCUGUGUUCCAGAAUAUAUACAGAUUAUAUUGAAUUUAUGAUAAGGUGUUUAUAAUUGUGAUUUUGUGAUAUUUUUAUUCUCUUUACAUCACUUAUUUGUAUUUUCUAAUUAUGGUUUUAUACCAUCGAUUAUUUAAAAUAUAUUUUCUUAUUUAAUAAUGACUUCAUUGUGUUGUUCGCACUGUUCAGGGAAAUAUGUUGUGACUUAUGUAAUUUCAGGUAAGUGUUGUACGUGUUUAUAAAUUGCUAACAAAAAAGAGUCCUUUCACAGAAAAGAUAAUAAAUUAGAAGAACACAUACAAUUUCGACACUCAAGAAUUUAAUUGUAGGUAAUGGCUG